CUCAUUCAUUUCCCUUUCUCUGUAAUCACCAUCUCCAUCUCUUCUCACACAGAUGGAUGACUAUACUCCGCCGCCGAUGCUUCUGGACUUCGAUAACCUUCGAGCAAUCAAAGUUCUAGGCAAAGGCGCCAUGGGAACCGUCUUCCUCGUCCACAAUGUGUCCACUGAUCCCGCCGCCCUCUCUCCAUUUGCCCUCAAGGCCGUCGACAAGUCAUUUUCCCCCGACGAGGACCGCCGCGCUCGCUGGGAAAUCUCUGUUCUGUCCCGUUUCCGCCACCACGACCCGGCCCAUCCGUUUCUCCCCACUCUCAUCGGCUCCUCAGAGACGGCCGAGAUUCUAUGCUGGGCCGUGCCGUACUGCCCCGGCGGCGAUCUCAACGUCCUCCGUCACUGCCAGAACGACAGCGUUUUUUCGCCCUCCGUCAUCCGAUUUUACCUGGCGGAGAUCGUCCUCGCCCUCGAGCAUCUUCACGGGCUGGGCAUGGUUUAUCGCGAUUUGAAGCCUGAGAAUAUCCUCAUUCAGCGGUCAGGUCACGUGACCUUAACUGAUUUCGAUCUCUCUAGAAGCUUGACUGUGAAAAAACUCGACCCCGUCCAUUUUUGCUCGGAGCCUGAACCAGAUACCCAGCCGCGCAGGAGAUCGACUUCCACGCGCUUCGUCUUCCUCAACAAGAAGAAUGGCGGUAACCGGAAAGGGAUGAGGAAAGUAAUGAGCGCACGCGUUUCGCCGGUGAGCCGGAGGAGCCCGGGAUCGUUUUACGAGCGCUCGGAUUCCUUUGUCGGUACGGAGGAGUACAUUGCGCCUGAGGUUGUUCGAGGGGAAGGCCAUGAGUUCUCCGUCGACUGGUGGGCCCUUGGAGUUCUAUGUUACGAGAUGAUGUACGGUAAGACUCCAUUCCGUGGGAAGAACAGGAAGGACACGUUCCGGCGAAUCCUGAUGAUGCAGCCGGAGUUCAUGGGAAAGCCGAACGCCUUGACGGACUUGAUCGGAAAGUUGCUGGAGAAGGACCCCACGCGCCGGUUGGGUUACUGGAGAGGCGCAUCAGAAAUCAAAGAGCACGAAUUCUUCCGUGGGCUGAGGUGGGACUUAUUGACGGAAGUUGUACGGCCGCCGUUUCUGCCGUCUAAAGACGAAACUGAGAUUAGUGAGGAGGCUAGGAGAGGCGGCAUCGAUAUUCGGGAUUAUUUCGACAAAUUAAAAGCUCCGCCAUCGCCGUUAUGGUCGCCGUCGCCGGAUAACGGAAGACAUAACGUGUCUUUAUCGGUGUUCUAACGGAUAAACGGACGGUGUAUGUAUAUUGUAAAUAGUUAUGAUUUUUUUCCCUAGGGUACUAUAUUAAAAUAGGUUUAUUUAUUUUAUUAUGUUAGAGUAAUUAGUGGGAAAUAAUAGUGAAUAAUUGAGGUCGUAAUUAGCGGCGAUGUUUAAAAGAGGUGUUAGUCACUAAAGGAACAUAAUGAUUUAGGUAGGCGUACUCUAUUUUUGGCUGGUUUUCUACUGUUAGAUUCACAAAAUAUAGUGUUCAAACGCGCCAAUGGUGGGGCGUGAUAGACAAUCGCAUCAGUACGACGGG